GGGGUAUAGACUUUUCGUAGCUACUACUUAGAGCUGAGUUUGGCAUCAGUCAUCUCUCAGCCUCUAACAAGAACACCACCGCAUCGUUUUAUUUCUGCAGCUUCCCACAUUCGAAGAUGACUUUCCAAGAAAUCCUCGCAGUUUUGGCUGUUGCCUUCUGCAUUGCCAAGGCUGGCGAAACCACCGUCUCGAAGAUGGCCUUUUUUGACAUUGAAAUUGGUGGCAAAGAAGCCGGCCGAAUUGAGUUCGGUCUUUUUAUGGAAACAACUCCUAAAACUGCAGAAAAUUUCUAUCAAUUGGCAACUGGAGAAAAUGGUUAUGGUUACAAAGGCUCCAAAUUUCAUCGAGUUAUUAAAGAUUUUAUGAUCCAAGGUGGUGAUUUCACUGAUUUUGAUGGUCGUGGUGGAAAGAGUAUUUAUGGUGACAAGUUCGACGAUGAAAACUUUACACUUAACCACACAGGACCUGGAUGGCUCAGUAUGGCAAAUGCAGGCAUCGAUACAAAUGGAUCACAGUUCUUUAUUACAACAAUAAUCACCAGCUGGUUGGAUGGACGCCACACUGUCUUUGGCAAGGUGAUCAAAGGCAUGGAUGUUGUUCGCAAAAUCGAGUCCACAGAAACAGAUGAAAGGGACAGACCUCUGCAAGAUGUUGUUAUUGUUGCAUGUGGCAGUGUGCCGAUGAGUUCUCCGUUUGAUGUCAGCAAAGACGGAAUAACUGACUGACUACUCACUCAUGUUUACCUUUUUUGAGUUUUCAAAUUAGAUUUAUUUAAAAUAAAAUUUUGUAAAAUAUAUUCAAAUGAAUAUAAAAAAAAAAAUUAAUACAUACAUAUAAAAACAAAAAGAGUUUUCUAUUUGCAAAAAUGCUUUUAAUUUUGAAAAUUUCAUUAACUUUUAUUGAUAUUUUAUAAAAAUAUUACAAAAAAAUAAUUAAUUUUAUUAAUUUUAUUGUUUAUGAAUAUUGAAUAUGUGUUAAAAUGAAAUUUAGUUUAAAUUAAUUUUAUGGACAUAUCUAGACUUUUCCCAUUUGGCUAAUGAUUUUUUUAUGAAUUAUGUUUUUUUUUAAAUUUUUAAUGAAAAUCUAAUAUUUUGAAUAUAAAAUAUAUUUUUUCUAUUUACCAAUUUAUCGUGUUAUACUGACAAAAUAUUACCUACAAAAGUUGUGGAAGCAAUUAUACCAGAUCAAAUUGGUCUUCAUUUAGUCCUAUAGAACCUGGACCAUAAUCUUUCGAAGUGAAAUGUUUGCUCAUCAGAGAUGCUAUUUCACUCAGAUAAUCCUUUCACUGCAUUUCUUGAUCCCACCUGUACCAUACACUCCUCCAACUGAUUAACUAUAAAUAGAAUGUUCAUUACAAUGUCUCUGCCAAAUUUGAGCAAGAAAACUCAAAUCUGCAUUUAUUAAAGAUCUUAAAAUAUUCAUUUACGAAAGAAAUGUUAUAUAUAUGUGCUAGCAGCAACAUAUUGGGAAUGUAAAUCAGAAAAGUACAAAUUUCACAUAUAAUUCAUAAUUUACUCUACAAAGUAAAAACAUAAUCAUAUGUAUAAUUACAUAAUUAUUAGGUUGUCCGGAAAGUUCUGAGCAUUUUUUAAUAUGCAAAAGAAAGGGUAUACUUCAUAAACUGUACUUUUAGAAACUUCCAACCCCUUUGCAAAUUCUCUGGUCAUGAUAUUUGAAUGUUCUUCGAUUUUUGCCUUCAAAGUAUCUUUACCUUAUUUUGAAGGUCAUCUUCCAAGCUAAACUCUCCAGCUUAAAUUUUGCAAACCCCCUUCAAACAGUUGAUUCACCAACAGCAUCAUCAUCACCAUAAACUUCGCAAAUGUUUUUGCAAGUCUUUGCAGCAUUUUCUCCUUUUUUUUUUUUAAGAAUGAAAAGCAUUACAACGGGAAUAUUAAAUUGUUGGUUAUCCAUUUCAAAUGUGUCAAUAAAGGGUAACCAGAAAGAAAGAUAAAUCUGUUUUUAGUAGGAAACAAAGAAGAGAUGCUCUACCUCUUCAAUCAAUGCCAAAGUUUUAACUGUAUCACAUUUCAUGUGUGUUCAAUGAAGCAUUAAAAGAUUUAGCUUAAAAAUGCACAGAACUUUCCGGACAGCCUAAUGACAUACAUAAUUAGUUUAAAAGAUAUUUUAAAAGAUUUUUCAUUUUUCUCCUGAAUGAAUGGGUAACCCAUAACUUUUAACUUAAUUAUUUAUGUUAAUCAUCAUAUAUAUAUAUAAAUGAUAAUGUUCGACUCUCUCGAAACAGCUGUAGAGAAUAUCAAAAUUAUGAAUUAUAUGUAUGUAUAAAAUUUAUUUUAUUUGCAUUUUAUUCUAAAUACAUUACAUUUGACUAUCAUUUUAGCCAAUUAUGUACAUACAUGUCCGUUUGUUCCACAUGCAUUUAAUAAUGAGUUACAUUAUGAAGUGUUGGAGUUUAAAAAUGUGUUAUUGAGUUCUGAAAUACCAGGGGUAUAUUUUAUGAUAUUUAUACAUCAAUUCAUUUUAUAUAUAUGUAUUUAUGUAUCAUGAAAUUAUGUAGUUUGUCAUUUGUCACAAGAUUACAAUAUAUUAAUGAACAUUAAUUUGUAUGUAAUUUAUGCAAGUUUCUGUUAAUUUCAUUAUCAGUUUGUUUAAUUUUCUGCUGGACCAAUUAUUUAAUUGGACAUCUCAUAAACAUUUGUAAUUAAA